CCAGCUGCCUGCUCUAUGCCCUCCCCCAGCUCCAGGCAGGGGCAGAAUCUCUCAUGGGCAGUUGCACAGCUCUUUCUGCCUUCUUCCAGCCAGCUCCAGCACUACAGGACAGGAGGCUGCAAAUUCAGACUAAAGCCGACUAGAGGAAACCUUGUAUGAUCUGGCGUGGAGACCAGGAGGAGUCGCUGGCUGCAGUUUGCCAAGUACAGUUCUAUGCUUGCUUUGACCAGAUCAGGUUCUUUGGGUGACUUUUCCUGGUCUCAAAGAAAGCUUGUUACUGUGGUAAAGCAGGAUAAUGAAACAUUUGGAUUUGAAAUUGGGACACACAGGCUCCAGAACCAGAAUGCCUGCUCCUCGGACAUGUGCACGCUGAUCUGCAAAGUACAGGAGGACAGCCCUGCUCACUGUGCCGGCCUGCAAGCCGGUGACGUCCUUGCAAAUAUCAAUGGCGUGAGCACUGAAGGCUUCACCCACAAACAAGUGGUUGACCUGAUCAGAUCGUCAGGAAACCUGCUUAGGAUAGAGACUCUUAAUGGAACAGUGAUUCUCAGAAGAUCAGAGCUUGAAACAAAGCUCCAGGUUUUAAAGCAAACCUUGAAGAAAAAAUGGGUGGAGUUCAGGUCUCUGCAGUUACAGGAACAGCGCCUGCUGAAUGGUGAUGCAGCUAAUUACCCAAGUUUGGAAGACAUGGACAUGGAUGAUUUGACUGUUUUUGGAACCUUGCCUGGGACAGGUCCAGGCCCCAUGGAAAGGAACCGAUUAUCCAGUGAGAGCAGCUGCAAGAGCUGGCUGAGUUCCAUGACCAUAGACAGCGAGGAUGGCUACCAGACAUGUGUGUCUGAGGACUCAACCAAGGGUGCCUUCAGCCGGCAGACAAGCACAGAUGAUGAGUGCUUUUUGCCCAAGGAUGGGGAUGACUUUCUGAGAAGGUCUUCUUCAAGGAGGAAUCGGAGCAUUAGUACAGCCAGCAGUGGGUCCAUGUCUCCCCUGUGGGAGGGCAACUUCUCAAGCAUGUUUGGGACCUUGCCCCGAAAAAACAGAAGGGGAAGUGUCCGGAAGCAACUCUUGAAAUUCAUCCCUGGCCUUCAUCGUGCUGUGGAAGAGGAAGAGAGUCGUUUCUGAUGGGUUAUGGUGCCCUUUUGAAUUGGAUUACUUCACAAGUCUCUGUCAACUUCCCCGGAUGACUCCACCCAUCUGGUGGGAAAGUACCAAUGGACUGAGAAACUGACAUCGCAUAUCAGAGCAACAAUGACCUUUAUUUAAAUUUUUGCAUCAUUGCUUUUGCUUCUUAUAUCAUUUUUCGACCAAAACAACUCAAGUAUUAAGCAGACAUCAGGGAAAUGAAACAAUGAGUUAGAUAAUAUAACAAAGCAAUGCAAGUGCCUGUUCAUUCAAAUGCUACUUGUAAAAGCUGGAAUAAUAUUUAUUUUUAGAUCAUUGUAUGAAAUAUGGACAACUUUUUGUGUCAAGUAUGAACAGAGAGGAAUACACUGGACUACUUCUCAUAGGUUAAUUUAAUAGGUUACAAAACCAUAUGUUUGCUUAAGCUCAGUAGCCACUGGAAGUCUCAAUAAUAGUAAGCUUUGAAUGUUUCUGUUAAAUAUGUGAGAGCUCCUAAACAAACAUUAUCAUUAGUCUUUUCUCAUGUCCCAAGCAUCAGUAAAGCAGGAAGAUUUAAAACAAGAUUCGCUAUGAGGGAUUAAGCUUCAUGAGAACCAUGGAAAGAUGUGCCUGAGAUAGAGCCUGAGGAAGAUGACAGUGGUGACUUCUUUAUAAUAAGGAAUCUAAACAAAAGUAAGGGGAAAUCUCAUCUUCUUGCCCAAUUCAAUUUUUCUUACUGAACAUUGAUGACAAGUCUAUAACUCUCAGGGUCUUUCAGAUUUGUGGAUAAUUUUUUUGCUACAAAUGUUUAGAAUUCACACACACACAGAAGGGCCUAUGAAAGGAUCAUUCUCCCGUAGACUUUUCAUGACACCCCUUACUUUUAAUAUUGUAUAUUUUGAAUAAUCAUGACCUCAUCACUCUUUUGCCUGUUAGUUGCAUUCGUGUCUCAUUUCUGUCCUUUCAGUCAUGCUAUAUUUUAUUCAAUAUGCAUUAAAGUUCGUGAUUUCUCUGUUCUGGUGAUAUAGCUGCUCACUACCUAUACUCUGGAGUAAACAAUCUGGACUACAUAAUAAAUAGUCCUUACUGAUUUUAAGCUGUGUGUGUGUAUAUGUGUGUGUGUGUAUGUGUAUGUGUU